AUGUCUGGUGAUUGGGUGUGGACUCAAGCGGACAUAAUUUCUCGUGAUUCAACCACACACAGGUCAACCUUCAUUCCAAUCAUCCUUGGCAGUGACAAGAUGACUGUGUCAGUUGCAACCGGUCAAAACAAUUAUUAUCCCCUCUACCUCUCAAUAGGUAACAUGAGCAACAAAGUUCAUUGUGCACAUCACAAUAGUGUCGCUCUCAUCGCUUUCCUUGCAAUCCCACAUACUGACAAAGAGCAUCCUGCAAUGACCAAACCAACUGUUAUGCGGUUCAGUGAUGGACACUAUCACCACAUAAUUUUUGGACUCAGCCCUUAUAUCGCCAAUUAUGAGGAACAAGUCCUUCUGGCAUGUAUUGUGCGAGGGUGGUGUGCAAAAUGUCUUGCGAUGAGGCAGGAACUCAAUACUGAUGCACUUUAUUGGAGUCGCAAACAUGCAGAAGCGCUGAUUGAGGAGUUUGAUCUCAAGACCUUAUGGGAUGCAUAUGGCAUUGUGGGUGAUACAAUUCCAUUCACCAGCAGUUUUCCCCGUGCCAAUAUAUACCAACUCAUCGCCCCUGAUAUACUACACCAGAUCAUCAAAGGGAUGUUCAAGGAUCAUUUGGUCGAGUGGGUUGAAAGCUAUUUGAAGACCAUGCAUGGCACAACAAAGGCGAAUGCAAUCUUAGAUGAUAUUGACCAGAGAAUCAUGGCCGUUGCGCCUUUCGCAGGGCUCCAUCGCUUUCCUGAGGGCUGUCAUUUCAAACAGUGGACUGGUAACGACUCAAAGGCACUAAUGAAGGUGUAUCUACCUGCCAUUGAGGGGCAUGUACCAACGGAGGUUGUGCGAACAUUUCGCACUUUGUUGGAGUUCACAUACCUGGUCCAUCGCAAUGUCCUCACUGAAGAAACCUUGGUUGCAAUUCAAGAUACCAUCGACCACUUUCACAAGUACCGGGAAAUAUUUCGCCAAUCAGGUACCAUUCAAACUUUUUCCUUACCGUGCCAGCAUGCAAUGAAACACUACCCUGAUCUUAUAUGUUUAUUUGGGGCACUGAAUGGACUUUGCACAUCAAUCACCGAAUCAAAGCAUAUUGAUGCUGUGAAGGACCCAUACUGGUGGACCAAUUGUAACAAGCCACUGGGCCAAAUGCUCAUUAUCAAUCAGCACUUAGAUAAGUUGGCAGCCUCUCGAAGGGAUUUCAACGAACAAGGGAUGCUAGAGGGAAACUGCCUCAUGGCAACUAUGCAGCUCCUUUUGACUCAAGAUGGCAGAGAGAACGGCGGUACGUCACAGGUCCUAGGUUCCAGUCCCCAUAACAAAGACAAUGGUGAGGCUGUGGACUGCCCAACAUCCAUAGAGGCACAUGUUGAACUUGCUCGCACCACCCAAAUGAAGCAGGCCAGAACUGUGACAGAUCUUGCAAUUGAGCUCAGUCUAUCGCGUCUCCCUACCAUUCUGGAGGAGUUCCUGCUUCAACAAGCCAACGCUGAAGACUACUGCAAUCUCUGUGACAUCCCACUAUCUGAGUGCCCCAUCUAUGGCAACAAAAUCACUGUCAUUAAUUCUGCAGCUGCACUAUUCUAUGCACCAAGUGAUAUCAGUGGUAUUGGUGGCAUGCAGUGUGAGUAUAUCCGCUCGUGUCAUUCGUGGCAGAACGGGCCACCCUGGUAUGACUGUGCAUUUGUGAAUACUAAUCCAGGGCUGAAGGGGAUGCAUGGUUUGGAUGUUGUGUGUAUCCUUGGGUUUUUUUCCUUCGUUUCCCAAAGCAAGUGUUACCCAUGCACAGUAGUGCAGUGGUUUGACCAUGUCAGGGAUGACCCAGAUGUGGAUAUGGGGAUGUGGAUUGUACACCCGGCCCUUACUGCAAAUCGUCACCUGGCCACUGCUGUCAUACACGUAGACACCAUAUAUCAUGUGGCACACCUCAUCCCCUUGUAUGGCACCCACCCCAUUCCCAGAACCAUAAAGCUGCAUCAUUCUUACGACACAUUUACCACCUUCUACAUGAACAGAUUUAUCGAUCAUCAUGCAUUUUCACUUUUAUCAGAUUCGUACUUGUAG